AUGGACUCAUCUGGGUCUCAGAGUGUCCCGCAAUUCUCCAGCUUCCGACCUCCCCCUACCUCUCAUCCGGCCGCCGCUACCGGCUCGGAACAUGAACGUCACCGGCGUCGCUCCGGUCAUCGUCAGCGCGCCGACCGGAAAGAGUCUCCGCGCUCUCGUCGCCAUGGAAGGCGUUCAGAUGGUGGCUAUCAAAAGCCGACUGUCGAAGAAAGUGAAGCGCGCUUGAGUGGGGAAGGAAUUGACGAUGUAAAAGUUACAAAAGAUCAGACAAACAAAGGAUUUGUCGUCGACGGCCUCGGCGAUCACGACAAUACGCGUUACGGCGUGGAUCGUUACGAUGUCCCUGCGUACCAUCGCAAUGGUAAGGGCUUCGUACUUGGGCUCCCCAACCAGCGUAUUGAUUACAAAACGCGAUACGACCAAGGUCCCCUUCUCAUUCUUCGCCCCGACUCAGGCUCCUCUGCAUCCACUGCAGCAAAGCCUCUCUCCGCUGCAACCCUAUCUGCUUUAGCCAAAAAUCUUCCUAUUCGCCUCCGAUCUAAUCUGGAAGCUAAGCUUGCUGCUGAGGCUCAUCAUGCACAAAAUUUCAUACCAACAACCGUUCCGUCUCAACCCGGCGUUUCAGAAACUGCCAACGUGGACGAUGAACUACCAGCUUAUCGCUCUAUGCAGACCGCGGCUAAGCCUGAAGAUGAAUCACCUGAAAGUUUUGAUCCGAACGCCUUCACUCGACUUGCUCUCGAAACCGAGAUCUUGAGUCGCAAUGCCAAGUUGAACAAUGCAGUGGCGCAACAACCCAGUGAUAUUCAAGCGUGGGUCCGUCUUGCUGAGCAUCAAGAACUUGCUGUCACUGCCAAUCGCACCUACAACCACAGUGAUAUACAACUUGUGGCAAGAGCUAAGCUGCAUGUGUAUGAAAGAGCGCUCAAGGCUAACGCACAAAAUCCCGAGCGCGAUCACCUCGUGCUCGCCCUUAUGGAAGAGGGCGCCAAAGUCUGGGACGCCACAAAACUCGCAUUGGAAUGGGAAGCAGUGCUUUACCACAACUCCGAGUUCAUCACUGUAUGGAUUCAGUAUCUUGACUACUGUCAGACCGAUAGUCAGGAUUUCAACUUCGACAAUUGCUUUAAGACUUAUGCCUAUUGCUUGCAGACCCAUUCGCGUGUCGGCUUCGGACCCCAAAAGACACUCAUCAGAUCAUACCUGCUGCUCCGUUUGACCCUGUUUCUUCGAGAAUCAGGGCAUCUAGAGCUAGCUGUCGGUAUAUGGCAAGCGGUGCUCGAAUUUACAUGCUUCAGGCCCCCCAACCUAAUGGGGAAGAAAGAAGAGGCCCUAGUGGAAUUCAAAAAAUUCUGGGCACCGGAGCGCGCCCGAAUUGGGGAGCGUUUUUGGGAACCCUGGAACAGCGGACAAAUCUCCCGUGCUCCUGUCAACAAGCAUGUUUACACCUCUGAGGCGGAUCCCCAAGACUUGUUCCGAACCUGGGCACCUGCAGAAAGAGAGCGCAUGUUCAAAAAUCGCAUGCCCUCGCAUAUUCUUUUCAAUUUCCAAGAGAAUGACGCUUUCCGGGUGGUCCUUCUUGAAGAUUGCACGCAGAUACUGCCAUACUUCUGGGACCUGGAUGAAAGCCAUGGUUACUUGGUUGACGGCUUCUUGUAUUUCAGCCAUUUGCCUCAUUUGACAUUGCCCGUCAAUAUGCACACCAGCCGACUGUGGACUGGUGAUAAAUUCCUGCGAAACGAAUAUAUGGAUGAUCCUCGAAACACAAUCGCGGACUGGAUCACCUUUCAGAAACAUGCCGCAACGACCACUGUUGAGCCUUUCGCAUUCCCCCACCAUACCUUCAUCCAUACCACUGAUACUCUUUUUGCUGACCCAAAGUUGUGGUUCUCCUCUUUGACGAAGUGGGCUGCAACCACCUCUCAUUCUUCCUGUGUGAUCGAUUCCGAUUUCGUGCUCUUGACCCUCCAUGCCCUUGCCGACCUCUUCGGGGACAGCGAAUUGGCUGAAUAUGCCAUUGCAGUAACUUUUGCAUGCAACAACAAUCUGGGCAAAAAAUAUGGAAAGCGACUGUUGAAAGAGCGAUCAUCGAACUUGAGACUUUACAACGCCGUUGCGCUCAUGCAUUGGCGGACUGGUGACCACAACACUGCUAACACUAUCUGGUCAACCGCUUUGUCCAUGAGUCAGGAUUUUAACGCUUGCGAUCUCACUGAUUCUGCACUCCUAUGGAACUCGUGGAUUUGGGAAAUGCUUCACACUGGGCAAAAGGAUCGAGCAUCAUAUCUGGUCCAGGCUAUGCCUUACAACAGAGUCGACUUGCUGUCAUACAACACAGCUGAAGAUAUUGAAAUUAAUGAGACCAAUUUUCUCAGGGUCAAGAAGUGCUUAUUUGCCGCACAGAGAAAUGCCCUGAUGUUCAAGGAAAUGCAGGCAUACGCAGCUUACGCCGACUGCUACGCAAUCGCUCUCUAUCUUAUGGGCGAUCAACUUGAAGAAGUCCUCGAUGUCUACAAUGACGCAGUCACAUCUCUUAGAGUCCUGCCGAAGACCGACGAUGAUUUCAGGGUGCUCGGCGGAGAAUUGCUACACCAAGCCCGAGCUCGGAUGAUGUACUACUACGUGGAGAAGCAGAGUGGCCAAUUCAAACCUGCCGAAAUUCGCGCUGUGCUCUUUGAUAGCCUUGAAUGGUGGCCUCACAACACCAUGUUCUUGUCGCUCUUCAAGUGGAACGAUGCUCGCCUUCGACUCACCGAUCGAGCCCGCGAUGUUUUCGACCUCACCAUUGGGGCAAAGGCCAGGGCCGAGGGGGAUCUGCAAGGGCCUACACAAAUCCACCGUGUACCUGUCACAACCCACCUCUUCAGCAUCUACGUUGAGAUGGGUCGCCCUGUCAUGCUCGGCUCGACCCCGGAUUCAAUUCGGGCAGCCUUCGAGCGAGCGAUCGGUGACGAUGGCAUCGUCCCGAUCGGGCGAACCCCGGUGCGCAAGAGUCCCUUCGAGCUCGCCAGCUCGACCUCCGCUCAGAGCAGCCUCACUAUCUGGAGGCUGUACAUCCUCUACGAACUGUACGCGGAGUACAACGUCGGCCGCGCCCGCGAGAUCUACUUCCGGGCCCUGCGCUCCUGCCCCUGGUCGAAGGAGCUGUUCCUGCUCGCCUUCGAGCACCUGCGGGCGGACUUGACCAACCGCCUGCCCCCCUGCCGCCUCAACCGGAAGGGGGAGGUCAACCCUUCGGGGUUCGACCCUGCAGAGCUUCGAGCUCUGUACUCAGAGAUGCUGCGCCGUGGACUUCGAGUCCACUACCAUGUGGAGAGCUUCUGGGCCCAGUAG